AUGCCUGUCCUUCCUGACCCCAAGAUCCCUACUUCAGGCAGCAACAGCGACUCCUCAACUUCUCAGGACCAGAACAACAAAGCCACCGCUCAAGAUUUUCUCUCCAAGGGUCCUCAGAUUCCUGAUAACAUGCCGCCCAAAGCAUCUCGAGAAGAAAUCGAAGCUCGCAUGAAGGAACUCAAUAAAUGAGUGAUACCUAUCUGAAAGAUCCUGAGAAGCAGAUAUCGAAUUGGAAAACUUUGCGGCAUCGCUAUUAGCUGAAAUAGUCCAUUUAAUCAAAAAUGUAAUGAUUGUAUGAGGGCUGGCGGGCACACAGAUGUUUCUACCUUGUAUUCCCUAAAAGUCACCGUAUUUGUUAACCUUACUACAUGAGCAGUCCAGUAUUCACAAAAUAAAAUGAAUCUCCCUGGC